CACGCGCACUCCUCCAUCCAAACCAUGCACUCUGCAGCUGAAGCCGUCACUCUGCAGGACACAAGGAGUGCUUCACUAAGCACUGAACAUCCCAGAGCAACCUUUCUUUCACUGUCUCAUCUCUCCGAUCAUAUCUAAUACUCAGUUCGGAUGUACAACAUGCGCCUUCUUCAUCUUUCAACUCUUCUGGUGGUGGUGCUGGCUGUAAGAGCACAACAACAUUUAUUGCCUGGAUCCUGCAGCUUCGACAGUGACACAUGUGGCUACACUUCGGAUCCAGAGCAUGCUAUCUGGACAGUAAACAACGAAGGUCGCUUCAUAGCCACAGACUCUUCGUUUAUGGGCGAGGCGGACAAGGCCAUUUUAGUGAGCCCUGAACUUGAAAUAUUUGAAUGGAGCUGUUUACGUCUAGUGUACCAAAUCGCCGGGACAGGCUCACUCCAGGUUCACUUGCGCCCUGAUGGCGAGAACUUCGACUACUUGCUAUGGACGAUGGACAAACCCUCAGACAGCUGGUUGAUAGCCAGUGUGGACCUGCACAGCUUUUCCAGAGCCUACCAGCUUUUAAUGGAAGCCAGGCCCAGCAAAGGGAAAGGAAACAGUAUUGCUAUCUUUGAAAUUCACAUCAUACCCGGUUACUGUAUAGAGUGUAACUUUGAGGAAGAUCAUUUGUGUGGCUACCAAAACCAGUGGAACCCCAAUGUGAACUGGUUAAUGGGAGGAAGCCUCUCUCGAGGCCCUCAGUCCAACCAACUAUAUGAGAAGACCAUAAACAAUGACAGAGGUCGCUACCUGUAUGUCAGCUCACUUUACACCAAGGACUUCCAAGAGGUGGCAAAACUCAUGUCGCCAAUGAUCACCACUCCCAUGUCCGGCUGCUUGUCCUUUUACUACCAGAGGAACCAAUCCAGAGGCAACUUCUUCUCUGUGUUCACCAGAGACCAGCUGGGCCACUAUGAGGAGAUAUGGAGGCCAGAUGUGUAUGCCACAUCCACCUGGAAACAAGUGCAGGUGGACAUCAAGGUGCACCAUCCAUCAGAGGUGGUGUAUGAGGUAGCAUUCAACAGUCCCAAUGGCGGCUAUGUAGCUUUGGAUGACAUCACCUUUUCUCCCGAGUUCUGCCACAACGCAACACAGCCUACCUUUGACCCCUCUGUAGCUAACUGUGAUUUUGAAGAGAAUCUGUGUCGGUACUAUCAGGAGCAAUUUGGAGGCACCGUGUGGAACAGAAUGUCUGUGAAACCAAACGUUUACAGGAUUGGAGACCACACUAAUGGCGAGGGCUGGUUCCUCCUGGCCAACACGCGUCUCAAUUCCCGCAUGGGUUACGUGAGCCGUCUGCAUGGACCCUUUCUGCCAGGAAACCACAAAUACUGUCUCAGGUUCUAUUACGCCCUGCAUGGAUUAAGGAAGAUUGACAACAGCCUGGCCCUGUAUGUCUAUGAUGAGCACAACGUAGCUCAGGCUAAGAUCUGGACAGUGCCUGAGAGCACCAGAGACGUGUGGACGGAGGUGGAUGUUACAUAUCAGAGGCCAAUGCCAACUAAGAUUGUGUUCGUCAGUAUCUGCAGAAGCUUCUGGGAUUGUGGGCUUGUAGCUCUGGAUGACAUCAAGGUCACUCUUGGGGACUGUAGCAUCACCACAGGUCCUUUGCGACCACCACCAGGACACUGUUACUUUGAGACCGGAGACUGUGGAUAUACUCAGGAAAAAAAGUUUAAGAAAGCACACUGGAUACGGCACAGGGGUCCAACACCCACAUCCUACACAGGGCCCAAGGGGGACCAUACCUUAGGGGUAGGGUACUACAUGUACAUUGAGGCGUCCAACAUGUUGUCGGGACACUCAGCACGGUUGGUGACGCCGGAGCUACGGGGUUCAUACAAGACACAGUGUCUUACCUUCUACUACCACAUGUAUGGUACGGGAACAGGCGUACUUAACAUCCUGCUGCGACAGAAGGGCAAAGUCAAAGAGACGUCACUCUGGAGCCGAAAAGGAGAGCAGAGUAUCUCCUGGAUGAAGGCUACUGUGGAUUACGACUGCUUUACCAAGCAUAAUAUUAUAUUUGAAGCCAUCAGAGGCCCUUCACUAAGGAGUGACAUUGCUAUUGAUGACAUAGUUUUCCAAACAGGACCAUGCGAAGAACACGGAGACAGCUUUUACUCAGGCUUCUCUGAGGACUUCAAUCAGAUUGAGUACUGAGCAAGGCACUGGAAUAUUCUGUGUUUGCGUCUGUCUGUUUGUUGCUAUGCAUGACCAAACUGAGAGACACAUUUUGUCGGUUUUCUUAGUGGGUUGCUUUCAUGGACAUGAUAUUGCCAGAAUUUAUAGAUGUUACAAGGACAGCUUGGGAACGUUGUUAUUUUAUAUAAAUCUAGCUUAGCAGUUCUUAAAUUCUAAAUGCGUUUUGUAUUUUAAAGUAGCGGUUUGUCAUUUCUCCAGCCGUCUGCUUGCCUGCAAGACAAAUUGCAGCUGAAAUGCAGACACCGACCAGCCCUUAUCCUCGCUGUCGAAACUAUAUAUAUAUGCCUCAUGAGCUACAUUUUAAGACUGAACCAUUCUGUAGGGGAGGAGCUAUUUUCUGGGCUGGAAAAAAAAUGUAACAGAAGUACAGUGGGAUCUAUUCCUUGCCACUUUUGUGGAUCAGGUUUUCUAAGGUAACUUUGAAAGGAGGUGAUUAUUAGAUCUAUAAGCACUUUUAUAUAUUGCAGACUGCACCUUUAAUAGAUUUUAUUCAUUGACAUCACCCAGCAUUUUGCCUUUAUUAUUAUUAUUAUUAUUAUUAUUAUUAUUAUUAUUAUUAUUAUUGUUGUUGUUGUUGUUGUUGGUAUUGCUGAAGUGAAAGGUUUGAUUAUGUUUGGAUAUCAUAAACACCCAAAGAACAAUAAUACUCACUUCUGGUUGACACUGUGUAUUUAUGCCGAACAAAACUAUAUUGUAAUGUAUUGUAUUGUUUGUAUGGUCACUGAUGUCAUGUCAUAUCGUAUCAGGUUCAUUUCAUUUCGAUUAACUCGUCAAAUGUCAAAUUUUGUACCUUUUGUAUUAUUCAGAUUGCUUUUGAUAAGUUAAUGAUUUGUAUGUUUUAUUGUAUUACAUCUAAAGAAUAAACACUGUUUGAUACAG